AUGGUGUAUCGAGAGCUAUCCCACCGCAAGAAAGCAGAGCAGGCUGCGCGUAUCCCGGAGGCCUGGAAGGUUGACACUAGGUACUUGUUCGAGGGCAGAGAGAAAAGUAUCAUUAAACAAUUGACGCCCGAGAACGCGCCGAGUUUCUGGAGUGGGGUAUUGAGCGAGAAAGAAAUUGGGAUAACGACGGGGAAUGAUGCGGUUGAUAUCGUGGAUGGGAUUAGGGAAGGAAAGUGGAGUGCAGAGGAAGUCACUACGGCGUUCUGUAAGAGAGCUGCGCUUGCGCAUCAAUUAACAAACUGCCUCACGGAAAUCUUCUUCGAAGAAGCUAUUCAGCAAGCGAGAACCCUCGAUCAAGCUCGGAAUACACACCCUGAGACGCCUCUCGGUCCACUUCAUGGACUGCCUAUUUCGCUCAAAGAUACAUACCAUGUUCCUGGUGUUGAUGCAACAAUUGGACUUGCUUGCUUUGCGUUCCAGCCUUCGACAUCGUAUUCUCCACUCGCUGAGCUUUUGGUCUCUCUAGGUGCUGUCUUGUAUUGCAAGACAAACAUUCCCCAGACACUCAUGACCGCUGACUCGGAGAAUAAUCUGUUUGGACGUACCAUUAAUCCGCAUAACCGGUACCUCACUGCUGGCGGCUCGACUGGAGGAGAAGGACCCUUGAUCGCACUCGGUGGGAGUGUUCUGGGAUUUGGCACUGAUAUUGCUGGUAGUUUGCGGAUUCCGGCGUUAUGUAACGGCGUUUAUGGAUUUAAACCGAGUUCUGGUAUAAUGCCAUUUAGUGGUCAGAGAUUGCCGUUCGCGCCUGGGUGGGAAGGUAUUGGGAUUGUUGCAAGUGCGGGACCGAUGGCCAGUUCUGUUCGAGCGUGCAGCUUUGCGCUCAAGGCUAUUUUGAAGUCUGUUCCGUCAGACGUGGACCCGAUGUGUUUGCGGAUUCCGUGGUACGAAAGUGCAGAACUGGCAAGGUUGAAGAAUCCGAAGAGCUUGAGGAUUGGAGUCGUGGGUGAUGACGGGCUGUUUACGAUAACGCCGCCGGUAAGACGUGCGAUGAAAGAGGCCGAGAAGAAGUUAAAGCUUGCGGGUGUGACAACUGUCCAUGUAAAGCUGCCCCUGAUGUUAGAGUUAUUGGGAGUGAUUGGGGAAAUGUUAGCUGUAAACGGCACUGAGUAUCUCAUGGACCUCAUUCAUUCGACCGGGGAACCCCUUAUUCCGUCAGUCGAGAAGCUCGGCUUACUUGCAGGAUCGCCGAAAACGAUGGGUGAGUAUUUUGAACUGAACAGAAAACGACAGGACAUCGCGCUAGUGUACAGUAAAUUCUGGAUUGACAACAACCUUGAUGCAUUGAUCAUGCCACCGGCUCCCCACACAGCAGUACCGGAGAACGCAUGGGCAGUUCCCAGUUAUACGGCAAUCUGGAAUCUGCUUGAUUAUCCAAGUAUUGUGCUUCCAACUGGGGCUGUGAAUGAGAUGGAUAUCCUGGAGGGAACUGAGGAUUUUUAUAGCGAAAAUGAUAAGGAGGUCUAUAAACUUUAUGAUGGUGGGCCAAGUGCUUAUGAACACGCUCCGAUUGCUAUUCAGCUUGUUAGUAAGAAGCAGGAUGAUCAGGCCUUGACUGUCAUUGCUGGAGUAGAAGAUGCAACGUUUAUUUUCCUGCAAUCAUUCGCGCGCUCAAAUGCAGCAGAUGCAAUUGUCUAUAUGUUCUUCGUUUCUGUAAUUCGUUAUGCACUGGUCCUCCUAGUACCAUUGUCCCUAAUCCUCUCCUCCUAUCUCUACCUCUAUCCCGUCUUCCACCUCUGCGCAUUUCCUGCCCCUGAGGAAGAUGCAAAUACGGCGUACACCAAUACGCUGCGGCAGCAUCUCCCCUUCUCAACCCACGAUGCGACAAAGGUAGCACCUUUUAGGUUGCUUGCACUGGGUGAUCCGCAGCUCGAGGGCACGUCUCCUCUUGAUGACCCUGAAGCUGCUGCCUUUCCGAAUCUUGCAAAGUUCUGGAAAGAUGCCCUGCUCCUCGAUGGCACGAACCAUAACCCUCUGCAGAGACUACGGUAUAGCCUGCACGACUUAGUCGACUUCUACCUCGACGAUAUACCGAACAUCCUCGAAGUUUACCGCAAAAAGUUGGACCAUGUCGGCAAUGAUUAUUAUCUCGGGCAUAUAUAUCGGACAAUGCAUUGGUGGACCGACCCUUCACACAUCACGGUCCUGGGUGAUCUGGUUGGGAGUCAAUGGAUUGAGGACGACGAGUUUGAAAAGCGGGGCUGGAGGUUUUGGAACCGUGUUUUCAAAGGCGGAGAGCGGAUCUAUGAUGAGGUUGCUUCUGCGCCGUCGGAGGAUUUUCAAGACAACAGAAUACUCGGCGAGUAUCCUGCGGCUUGGAAGCAGAUUAUCCUGAAUGUGCCUGGAAAUCAUGAUAUUGGGUACGCGGGAGAUAUUUCCCCAGAACGAGUGGAGCGUUUCGAUCGUGUAUUUGGGAAGCCAAACUACGAGUUGCGUUUUCACCUCCCUGUGAAUGGUACUUCUAUAGAGGGGAAUUCCACGGGAAAUGGGGAGGAUGAGCCGGCACCAGAAGAGAAGCCAGUUCCCGAGCUGCGAAUUAUUAUCUUCAAUGACAUGAAUCUCGACACUCCUGCUUCCUCGAAAGAAAUGCAGGACCAGUCGUACGGGUUCCUCAAUGAUGUUAUAACCAGUUCGCACGAUGUCGAUCGCCAGGCACUCUUCACGAUUGUCCUCACUCAUAUCCCUAUGCACAAAGAAGCGGGCAUUUGCGUUGAUGGACCGUUCUUCGAUUUCUACGACGGGUAUUUCGACAACGGGGUCAAGGAACAAAACCACCUAUCACAAAGCGCUUCAAAGGGGUUCCUGGAGGGGGUAUUCGGUAUGAGCGGUGACCCGGGAGCACCUGGUAGUGGAUUCGGGCGGAAUGGGGUUAUUCUUACGGGGCACGAUCAUGAGGGAUGCGACACCUAUCAUUAUAUCAACCAAUCCGACCCACCGGAACGGGAAUGGCACGCGAUGAAAUGGAAAGAUGCCGUGGAUCUAGGCGUCGAUGAGCAGCCUGGUGUGCCUGGGCUGCGAGAGAUUACCGUUCGAAGCAUGAUGGGGGAUUUUACAGGGAAUGCGGGAUUAAUGAGUUUGUGGUUUGAUGAAGAGGAAUGGGAUUGGAAAUUCAAAUUCGUGAACUGCGAGAUGGGAACUCAGCAUAUAUGGUGGAUAGUACAUAUUGUGGAUCUCAUCACACUUGGUGUGGGCCUUGUAUAUGGGAUUUUGGUUGCGGUGGAGAAGCUCACGUUUCGAAAGGGAGAGGGUUCGAAGAAGAAUCACAUGAGCAACGGCAAAAUACCCACUUCAAACGGGGCAGCGAAAGUGGGCAAUGGAAAGAUUGGCGCAUACUUGGCUGAAUACUCGCAGACGACGAAUGGGAAGCUAGAUGUCCCUGGCGCGGGGAAGAAAAGCUUGCGGAAGAAGAAGAGCAAGCGGAAUCUUUGA